AUGGCCUCAACGCCGAACCAACUGCGAGCUGCUCGUGACUAUGCAGCCGCUGAUGCCGCUGAUGGCGCCGACGGGGGCGAUCGUCACGCGCGCAUCGCGGAGCUGGAGCGCGCGGCGCGCAGGCAGCGGAAGGAGCGGCAGCAGCUGCUGGCGCAGGCCGACGCGGCAGCCGAGCGACUGGCGGCGACCGAAGCGGCGAUCGCGCGGCUGCUCGCCGGCGACACUCGUGAACGGCCUUCCGAGCAGCCAGCAGCCGUGCUGGCAGCUUCCGAGAAAUUGCAUCCUCAGUCGGAUGUAGAGAGUCCGGAGGGGGUGAGGGAUCGGUCGCAGCGGGUGGGGCAGAGGCGGGAGUGGGGUGGAGAAGCGAGCGAGAGGACUCCACACGGCGCGCAGGCGGGCAUUCCGAGGGAACAGCGGUCGCAGGCUGACGCUGAAACGGAGAGUGACUAUAUGGAAGGGAAGAAUAGGCGGGACCCGAGCAACAGGCAGAUUGUGAGGGGUCGUGGUGAUGCCGGCCCUGGUAGGGACGCUCGGGAGAACUUGGAUGGAAGGUUUGGAAGGGAGGUUCGGGAGAGCGGAGAUGGAAGGUUUGGUAGGGAGGUUCGGGAUAGCAGGGACAAAAGGUUUGGUAGGGGUGACGUGGGUGGGGACGACAGAGAGGGACGAGACAGCGGUGGGAGUAGAGGCGGGGAUGGGAGUAGAGGCGGGGAUGGGAGUAGAGGCGGGGAUGGGAGUAGAGGCGGGGAUGGGAGUAGAGGCGGGGAUGGGAGUAGAGGCGGGGAUGGGAGUAGAGGCGGGGAUGGGAGUAGAGGCGGGGAUGGGAGUAGAGGCUGGGAUGGGGAGAGAGGUGAGCGGUAUGGUGAGAAGGGACGACGGGGAGAGGGGGUGGGAGUCGGGGAUGCGAGGCACAGUGGUGUUGGGACAAGGGAUGUGAGUGCCAGCUUGAGGGAGAGGGAUGAACAUGCGGCGUUGAGGGCGAUGGGAGGGACUGGGCUUGCACGGGAUAAGGAGGAGAGCGCGAGGGAGAAGGAGGGGAGCGUGAGGGAGAAGGAGGGGAGCACGAGGGAGGAGGGGUGGGAGCGGAAGAGGAGGCGUGAGCAGGGCAGCGAGGAGGAGGGGCGGCGGAAGGUGGGUGGUGGCGGAGGAGAGUCGUGCGAGGAGCAGCGCAGGGUGGCAGAGGGCAGACAGGGGAGCCUGUCUCCCAUUCCCCGCCACCAUGCUGCUGCUGCUGCUGCUGCUGCUAGCAAGGCGGCAGGGAGCACGGAGAGGGGGAGCGUGCGGGGCGAUGGGGGCGGCGCGGGCAGGAAGAGCGCGUCGCCGCUUGCCAGGCGCACCGUGGUGGCGGGUGGGGGGGGCAGGAGGGAGGAUGACGUGGAGGGGGGCGGCAGAAAGACGAGGGAAUUGUCGCGUGGAGGCGCGGCGCUGCCGGCGGCAGGGAUGGCAGGCGGGAUGUCGUACGAUGACUUUCUGCUGCAGGGGGGGUCGGCUGCACGCGAGGGCGGGAAGGGGCUUCCUGGGAAGGAGCAGCGUGGAAAAGAAGAAAAGAAGACAGUCCACUGGCCGGUGGGACCUGACCAAUCAGAGGAGCUUGUGCAGCUGGUGCGGUGUGAGAGCAGUGAGCAGCGGGCAGCGCGGUGGUUACCACACCUGCUGCCGCCCACCUACAUCCCCAGCAACCACCGCCGCCGCCUGCGCUCCAUUGAAUUCAACCCGGCCAACCCCGCACACUGUGCUGUCAGCUCGCUGGACGGGACUGUCAGCUUCUGGGCCAUCACCGCCUCUGGGCGCAACAUGAGUCGGCGCUUCACAGCGGACUGUGCGCCGAGCAAGCGCUGGCCGGAGGACAUAGCAUGGCACCCCUCGGGCUCGCACCUGCUGGCCACCUUUGAGGCGGACGGCAAGGCGUGCCAGGUGGCGGCUCUCAGGAAUGCACCCAAUGCCCCCUGUGUGGCGCUGCCAGCAAGGCCGCACCAGAAGGGCGUGAUCAACAGCAUCCGCUACCUGCCGUGGGAGGGGCCGCCCUUUGUGUUCGCCACGGGCGGCAGCGACCACGGGGUGGUGCUGUGGCGCGAGGAGCACGGCCAAGGGGGCGGCGCAGGGGCAGCAGGGGACCUGCCCAAGCUCACGCCCAAGCUGCUGCACGGCACGCGGCACACGGCGGGCGUGUACGCCACGGAGGGGCUGAGGGGGCGCACCGUUGUGCUGUCGGUGGCGGCAGACAAGCGCAUUCUGGGGUGCGACGCGGAGAGGGGCGGCUCACAGCUGGUGUUCUCCGACAUGCUGGAGUCGCGGCUGACCGACGUGCUCGCCAAUCCUCUUGACUUCAACCUCUUCCUCAUGCAGUCGGGCACGCCAUGUGAGCAACUGAGGCUGUACGACUUCCGGGCGCCGCGCAAGCAGCAGCACAUAUUCGGGUGGGAGCAGUCGGCGUCCGACUCGCAGUCCGCACUCAUCUCCUCCUGCUGGGCGCCCAGCGGGCUGCAGGUGAGUGUGGGGUCGGCAGACCCCAAGGUGCACAUAUUUGACGUGCGCUGGGUGGGCAUGAAGCCAUCGCUCACAGUGGAUGCUUUAAGAGCGGAUCCCAAGGUGCACAUAUUCGACGUGCGGUGGGUGGGCAUGAAGCCGGCGCUCACAGUGGAUGCGCACGACAAGCGGGUCUUCAAGGCUGCAUGGCAUCCCACGCAGCCACUGAUAGUUUCCAUUGCCUCUGAUCUUAAUAUUGGCCUCAACCCGAUUCGCACGUGA